UCUUCACUUUUAGAAACCAAUUACUCGAUCACGGCCACACGUAAAGCAAGAAAGCAAUAGAGAAACAUUGCCCUGCUGAGCGCUUAUUCUAAAAGGAAUGUAAAAUAUUGGAUAUUUCUGGAUUAUGAAACUUGCACAAGAUCUAAUCCGAGUGAAAACGUCAUGGUAACAGUAUCAAAUGCCAUCAAUGAUUCCAUUUCCCGUCCAUCAAACAUUCUCUUAUACCAGUCAAAUGAGGAGAAAUGAGAAGAGAUGUUCUACUUACUAACACACAUGGGACAAACGUAACAGAAUACCAGACAAGUAACAGCUCCACACACGAAGUCUCGUCUCAGCAGCCGGUUAUUAACAACCAAUCUGGAAUUAAUGUAGAUAUUUCUGAGGAAAACAAUUACAAGUCCAAUAAAACAAAAUUAGUUGGGCGCCAGUUCUAUAAUUCGUACGAUCCGGAAGUUGGAAUUAACACAGCCGGUGUUUUAGGUGGGAUUCUUUUGUUGCUCGUGCUAUAUGUUAUUUACCGCACUAAGUGUCGGAAAAGGAUAUUAGGGCUAUUUCAAAAGUGCAAAAUGAAAUAUUUUCCAGAGGAAUUUGCCCAAGUUGUAACAGAUGAGGAGUGUAAAAAUGAAAGAACAUCAGAGGAAUCCCAGUGGAUUAGUGAAAGUGCGAAAAUGAUUUGGAAAGAGAGAGCAAAGUUGUCUAGAGAUUCUGAAAGUAGUAAACAUCAAAUAGACCCAGAGCAAAGUAUACAUAAUCAAGGAGGGUCGUGCAAACGUAACAGCUCUUUAAAUAUGCAAUUGAAUGAUCACAUUGAUCUUGAAUGUGAUAUAUCUCCUCCAAAAUUGCCAGAUUCUGAGGAAAAUAUAGUGAAAGCAACAGCAUUCUGGGUGCAAAAUGUGAAAAACAUGGAUAUAAAAGAACGUCAGUUAAAUGGGAUAGUGCUUAAGAUUCCACCAGACCUAGUAUCACACAGUGCCAAAAUGCGCAGCCACUUCCAUUCGGUAACCGAUUACGGUGACGCUAAUGAUCUUGUUAACAUAUCACAACUAAACAAGAGCUUACCGUCACUUGUAGAACAAAGGACAUGUGUUAAACUAAAUUAUGCAAAAAAUCCCAAUCACAGGUCAAAAAACAUUUACGUGCCCUUGGCAACUCAGGAGGAUGACCUUGACCUUCAGCCAUCUACUUUGGAGGUUAAACAUACGUCGGGUUCAAAAGUACCGCUGGACAUAUGUCCAAUAGUGAAAGUUCAGCAUUAUCAAUCGCGAUCUAAAAGACGUUUGACGUCACUGUGUCAUAGUAGCAGUGAUGACGAUAUGACGUCAUCUUCAGAAGAACAACAAAUGGCGACUAAGUCAUUAUCUAACACAAUGAGUGGCGCCAAGUAUAUGCGUCUGGGUACGGAAGAAUGCAUAUCACCUAGGAACGUAAAUUCCUCGCUAGAAAACUUAGAUACCGCCGAGUGCGGCGAUACUCUAACAAAGAGAAACACCCCGCUAUCAAACAAUCAUUCCAAACGGCCUGUUGUUCGAAGUCUCGAAACAAACUUAUAGCUCCUCUUGUAAUAUAAGUCUCACAUGUAAAUAUAGUUUGCAAUUUUGUUUCAAAGUGAUAUUUUGUGAUAUAUUUAUAAGACAGAUGUCGGCAUUUUAAUGUUUUGAAGAACAGUUUCAUUUCAGUUUAUAGAAUAAAAUUUCUAACAUGUCCAGGUUAACUUAAACUUUUUGGGCGUGUAUUAUUUUAAAAAGAAGACGCGUUUUUGAAACUGGUUAAGUAUAAAUUUAGUUUCAUUUUUAAUAAACUUUACUACACUCUU